AUGGUACCAUCAUCUUUGGUUACUUCAGCUAUCGAGCCAAGUCUCAGCUCCAUCUUGGGAACCGCCACAAGCAUUGUUGAAAUACCUCUGCCUUUGCCAAUGCCAAGUGGUCCGGAGACUACGGCCACUCUUGCUACAUCAGCGAUUCCAUCCUCGCUAUCUAUCAGUAGCGGACAGCCGCUUCCUGGCGGUUCGACUGCGUUCACACCCGUGAAUAGCGGCACAUUGAGCACGAGCGAACCUACUCUGGUCCCCUGGAGUCAGAGCGCUAUCAUCACUUCAAGCACAAGGACGUCGAUUCAGUCUUCGAUGGUUUCGAUGAUUUCGAGCGGCGCACAAAUACCGACCAGCUCCCUGCUUGAGUCCACGACUGUCAUCAGCGACGUUGCGAGCAUGUCAAGCCUUUCUGCCAACCUCUCACAUCCGGGUAUCACUGCGGGUGUCACACCAGAUACCGACUCCAGUGUUGUGACAGCAACGAGCUCAUCAACUUUAAGUAUACUCACUGAGUCUGAGCCACUGCUCAGUGAAACCAGAGCGCUCAUCUCUUCGAUAUCAGGCGUUGUCUCAACAGAAAUCGUCAGCCUUACCUCUACCGGCUCGUCUCCAGUCGCCUCCCUAUCGCUCACCGUUGAGUUGCCAAGCAAAAGCAGUGCAUUGGUAGCAAUAUCGUCCAAAACAAAUGCCACGGGGUCAAGCAGUUCUACAGAGAUGGUUGUUUCCUCACUUGAAACGAGAACCUUGUCGAGUGCCACGUACAGCAGCGAAGUUAUCUCCUCCUUCUUGCCAUCAGAAACGGCUUUCCCUAGUGUAUCUGUUGCUACCACAUCCGCAUCGCAGACAUUUAUCAAUACAUCACAGGAUCCGUCAUCUCCUACACCCACAUUCGUUGGCACGCAACCUAGUUUUACCAGUCAAUCAUCAGGAGUAACGUCUAAUACGCAACAAUUAGCAAGUACAUUACCUGUUUCAGAGUCACAGGUCCCCCAAAAUCAGACUUCCAUCCUUAAGGCUCCCUCCAUGGGUAUUGCAUCCUCAUCAACACUCAGCAGCAGCGUUUCAGUCCUAUCAUCGCUUUUGACUGGUAGUCGAGUCCCUUCAUUAAAAGACUUUACUUCACUGCAGACAAUUGCAACUGGCCCCAUUCCAACAUCGGAAUCUUCGGCAUAUUCUUCUAGCUUGAGCUCCAACUCUUCAUCUUCCGGCCUCGGUUCGUUGGUAAUUCCAUCUUCAAGCGGGGCCUCACCUCUGGCCCCUUCUACUACAAAGACAAUCAUGUCUCUAAGUAGGCCGCCCUUUCCGUCGUCAUCAGCUGCCUUGAACGGCACCCAGUCAAAAACAUUAUCAUCCAUAACUCCGGGAAUAGUCACGGCUACGUUCUCUACAGUCUAUGUCUCCAGUAUCAGAUCAAGUACUUUAGACUUGAGCACUAUCGCUUUUUCUCUGCUCAACUCAGUGACAAAUGCGGCAGCAAAUAACACUGAUACCCCAGUAUCGAGACCUCGGUCUACUGUACUUCCCUCCGCCACCUCAGGGACGUGGCUACCCACCAGCGAAUCUCUCCAGUCAUCCAGAAAGCUCGGCUUUAGUGCAAACUCAACACGGUCAUCACCAGCGCGACCAUCGUUAAGCGCUAGUACUGGAUUACCUAGGCUUUCCAAAAACUCUACGAUCGGUACAACGGAGCUCGGAAUUACAUUCAGUCGUUCAGCACUACCCACAGGGAUCACCUCAGAUACUGCUUCUGCUCCUAAUGCAACACAAGCAGAAACCAUGCAGACCUCAUCGGAACUAGACCCAGCCAUCUCUGGUAUUGCAGAUCUUACCGCUUCCAUUACCCCAGGAAGUGAUUCUAGCAUACAAACAGAUGCCCCAAGCUAUACCUUGGUUUCAGGAUUGAAAACAGCAUCGACCACGGGUGGUGCUGACGCUGACAACAAGAAUACAUUGGCGAUGCCACACACUCCUACUAGCACACCUAGCCAAACUGCUACUGCCGGCAAUCCGCCUCCCCUCACAGCCUCACAGACCGCUGGUAUCGCAGUCGGAGGCACGACGUGCCUCCUCAUCGCUGUAGUCGCAGCGAUUUAUAUUGCUCGCCGCUAUCAUGCGGCCAAACAUGGAAAACGUAUGAGCACUGGAUCUGUCUACCCUAAGGUUGCGUACCUAUACGAUCCAAAAACAGGUGGAGGUGGCAGUGAUGCUGAAGCCUUGAUGUCUGGCACCGAUGGUGGUAUGCCUCCUGCUGACUCUACAUCCAGAGCAGCCCAGGGCUCUCCAAAACACAUGCAACGUCAUAGCACGGGUACAGUGCCGUUUAAUUGCUUCACCAACCCAGGCAACCCCUUCGGGGAACCAUAUAGAGAUCCAACAGUUCACAGAUACUCCGAAUUUGCACGAUGCGACACAACAAGGGCGCUGUCUGCCGCAGUGGCAGGCUAUGCUAAUGCCCCGAGGCGUUCGUCCUCAUACACCAAGUACCAGUCGAAUAGUUCGAAUCCUUUCAGCGACCAUGUGAUCCCGUCGCCAACCUUUGCGCCGUUUUCUCCAGAUGACAUUCGAAGACCGGAGCUCAAAAGAGCCCAGAGCCCAAGUGAUGGAAGAGGCGACUACUCACAGAUGUCCGUCAAUCCAUAUGCGUAUCUCAACACCGCCGCUUCAAUGUACCCACCGAUUUCACCUUACAGACGCCCAGUAACCCAGGGUCUAUCUCCCACGUUCGAUACAAGGCGGCGAACGAUGGACAGCGAUCCCUUUGCUGAUCCAUUCGAACACGAUGUACUUCUUCAAGUCGAUGAACGGAACCGGACUUCAGAUAGUGUGACUAUUCUUGCACCUUCUCCGAACCUAAUGUCUCCACGAACUCCACGGACUCCAGUAGGACCAAAGCUACCUGUCAGACAGCCCAAUGGUGUGACCCCGGCCAGGUCACUUCUGAGUCCGGUGGCUGCACAGUAUUUUCACAAAGCACAAAAAGCCAAGAUACCACGGAAGAGCAUCGCUUCACCAGUCUUGGUUCAAGUGGGGCGAUCGCCCGUAAUCAACCCCUUCGCUCCUCUACCGGCUGCUCCUGAACCUUUGGGGUGGGAAGACUUCAAGCGACAUUCGGACAAGCACUUUUUAGACGAGCAGAGUGUGCCUGCGCCGCUCAAGUUCUCGUCUCCGGCUAUCAAGAAGAAGCCGGUCCCUUCAUCGCACACUCACACGAAGUCUUCCCUCACAGGGGCAGGACAAGCCCUACUGGCCGGAAAUGGACUUCCGUUGACUGCCAAGAUACCACGCAUGUACAACAAGAGCGUUGGGCUGGACGUGCCGCGUGUACACGGCAACGCUGGUUCGGCGCAUGAAGAUAUGUCCAGUGAUCCCGUUGUAAGGGAAAAGAGGAGCAGGGAGCUGCGGUUUGCGGACCCAGCGUUAAUUGGCAAAGAGUUCUGA